AUGAAAGUCCUAUGCGUGGCCGAGAAGCCAUCAAUAUCCAAGGCUGUUGCUGGUCAUUUAUCAGGCGGAAGUCUACAAACUCACAACACCAGGACUCAAUACAUCAAGAAUUAUGUCUUUGAUUUCGACUUUGGACAGUCCCUGGGCCAUUGCUCUGUUACCAUGACUUGCGUUACCGGGCACCUCACCAGCAUCGACUUCCCAAGCGAGUACAGAAAUUGGAGCUACCCACCGCCAGAGACCUUGUUCAACGCUCCGAUUGUCACCAAUAUUUACGAUGAUAAGAAGUCUAUAGCGAAAAAUCUUGCAGAUCAAGCCAAGUAUGCGCAGUUGUUGGUCAUAUGGACAGACUGUGAUUUGGAGGGAGAGCAUAUUGGCCAAGAGAUCGUCGACGCUGCCCGCAAAGGUAAUUCCAGAAUUCAAGUGAAACGAGCCAAGUUCAGUAACGUGGAGAGAGCGCACGUUCUUUCUGCUGCCAGGAGAUUGGUAAAUCUAGAUGAGAAGCAAGUCAAUGCCGUCUCAACCAGGAUUGAGCUCGAUCUUCGAAUCGGAUGUGCAUUCACCCGCUUCAUGACAAAUAGUUUGAAGUCACUUGGCGGCCCGAUGGAGAAUCUGGUGUUAUCCUACGGUUCUUGUCAGUUCCCCACGCUCGGCUUUGUUGUUGAUCGAUACUUUCGUGUCAAGAAUUUCGUGCCUGAAGCGUUUUGGACGAUAAAACUUGUAUACAACCGGGAAGGGAAGAAUGUUCAGUUUUCCUGGGCAAGAAACCGUCUUUUUGAUCGCAUGUCGACCAUUGUUCUUUACGAGAGAUGUCUCGCUGCCAAGACAGCAAAAGUGGUCAACGUCCAAGAAAAGCCUACCAAAAACUACAAACCAUUGCCGCUCACUACUGUUGAACUCCAAAAAGCUGCUACUCGCUUGCUUGGACUGAGUGGUCAACAGGCGAUGACCAUUGCCGAAGGGCUGUAUAACCGUGGUUUCAUCUCGUAUCCUCGUACUGAGACGGACCGUUUCGACAAAGAAAUCAAUCUGAAAGCUCUUGUUCAAAAACAGACCGGUGACGAGCGAUGGGGGCCGUUCGCUCAAGGUCUGGUCAACGGUGCGUUUACGCAGCCCAGAGAGGGCAGACAUGACGACAAAGCACACCCCCCUAUCCAUCCAAUCACUUAUGCCGCGCCCAGCGUCUUGAACUAUGACGAAGGUCGACUAUACGAGUACGUGGUACGUCGAUUCCUGGCAUGCUGCUCGGAAGAUGCUCUUGGUAUGAGGACCAGUGUCGACCUUGAGUACGGCAUCGAAUCCUUUAGUGCCCACGGCUUGAUCGUGUUGGAAAAGAACUAUCUGAACGUCUUCAUCUACGAUAAGUGGGAUAACACGGCAGAGUUACCCAAGUUUACAAGGGGUGAAGUCUUCCAACCUACAGAAGCCUCGAUGACCGAGGGAAAGACUUCGCCACCGAAUUAUCUCACUGAAGCGGAUUUGAUCGCUCUUAUGGAUGCGAACGGUAUCGGUACAGAUGCUACAAUGGCGGAGCACAUCCAGAAGAUUCAGGACAGAGAAUACGUCGCAACCAUUGACAGGAGUAGGUCGACAGCAGGUGACGAUGGCAGUGAUGGCCAAAGCAAUCCGCCAUCGGCCCGAGGAGUUCCAGAUGGCGGACGUGGCCGUGGACGUGGAGCUAGAGGCCGGGGAGGGUCGAACGCAGUUAGGGUUCGGCAAGGUGGGGUGCGCAUAUUCGUUCCAACACAACUCGGCGUCGCCCUGAUCCUAGGAUACGACCGCAUGAAUUUCGAAACCAGUCUUGGCAAGCCCUUUCUCCGCAAGGAGAUGGAGCUGAAGAUGAAAGCAAUAUGUGAAGGCCAAACGACCAAAGAAGUCGUGCUACGUGAAAGCAUCAGUCAGUACCGACGUGUGUUUAUGCAGACACAGGAGAAGUUGGAUGUCCUGCGAGCAGCUUGUCGAGAAUUCGUGUUUGCUCAGCCUGUGAGUUAG